AUGAACACGCAACUAUCGCCACCGAAUCGAAAAAACUUGUUACUCCUUCUCAAAUUUCUCCUAAAGGUCGUCAAACAUGAGGAGACCUCAAAGAUGUCAGUAGAAAAUCUGGCUCUUACGCUUUGGAUUAAUCUGUGCCCUACUAGUGCCAUCACAGAAGGUAUCAGUGUUGUCACAAAUCUCCUAGCCCAGGCGGAAGACCUUGUCAGUGGAGAAGACAACUCUGAUGCCACUGAACUCCCCUCCCACGCGACGGCAGUGGCAGCUCCUCUUAGAGCCGUUCAAACCGUAUGCAAGCCGCAACCACCUGACCGGACUUACGGUACGCGAUCAAGUGACGAGGGCGGACUUACAAUUUCGAUCACUACGUAUAUACGCAAUGGUUCACGGGCUCGUGUAAAUGCAUUAGUGUGA